AUGGCAGGCAGAAGACUUGUAGACGCUGCGAAGCUAUUCAAUGCCUCGAAAUCCGUCGCCCAAAAGCACGUCGCGCUCCGGUCGAAUCAGCUCGAUGUAUACAAUAAGACAUCGACCUUAGCAAGGGCUGUCAAGAACCAGACCGACCGCGUCACUCUCACAGCAGCGGCUGCUAUCGCGCUCUCACAACGCUUCAGCGAGGAAGCUCCAUUGUAUGCAAAAGCCGCGGCGGAGCGCGCAACAGGCACACGGAAUGGGGAUAUACCAAAGAGGGACAUGGUGAAGAGAGACACGCCAGUGCAGGGUGCUAAGGAGGGAGUAGAGCAGGAUCACCACUAUGAUCGGUCGGGGCAAAACACAGCCGUCGAACACCCGCGUGAGGAUGAGCUGGAGGUUAAGCAGAAGCAAGCCCCAAGGCGCCCUUUGCCAGACGGGACAAUUCCAACUGCAGGAGUAAAUCUGGAGCAGGAGGGGCAGGACACAUUCUCUAAUAGACCAGUAUCUGAAGCGCCGCAGGCGUCUCUGGCUCAGGAUCAGGAUGGACAGGCCCGGCAUGAGCCUGAGGGACUAAAGCCGGUAGAGUCGACCGAGUCUACAAUCCCACGCCCCGAACGGCCAUUAAAUGCUUCUUCACAACGUGCCGAAACAAUACCUUCACACACAAAUGAUCUACAAAAGGCUGCGAGAUCGCCGCACCUGCAGCAGCUACAAAACGGGCACGACAGGGACGUGUUCUAUUCCAGAUCAGUCGAAUCACAGGCGGCCGCGUCCUCUCAGCCUCGCUCGCAAAUACCUAAGCAUACGGGAUCGAAGCAGGAGAGCGAUGAGCAUGUCGAAGAUGGCCGGUUAAAUCAAGACGUGUAUUAUUCGGUUCCCAAGCCUGGGCAGGAGCAAGCGCAGAAAGUUACGCCAGAGGAGGAUAUCCCAGAGGGAAUCAAUACCGAUGUAUUUCACUCAAAACGCGUGGCAAGGAUGCUUGGAAGCGAUCCUUUGUCACGGAAAGAGCAUCUAGAAAGGAGGAGCACCGGUAGGCACCCGCUUGAUGACCGUCCGAUAUCUCAAGUCAAUGCUACGUCCCAUACCCGAGCUAGCGAGCAAGCUCAGUCUUCCCGCUCGGAAUACCUAUCACAACCUGCUACUACCGCGAAAGAGAUGGAAGACCUUGCAUCUCAGCUGGCUCGAGAUGUCCGGUCGAAUGCUACAGCACAUGAGUCACCCAGCGAGAUAAGUACAGAACCGGAAAAGGCACCGUAUACACUACGGGAGUCUAAGGUUCCAUCAUCACGAGUUGGCCGCCUAUGGCAGUACGCGGGUCUCGGUACCAGCAUGGCCCUCGGAGCUGUUGGUGAGAGUCUCCGCCGUGUGACUGGUACAGCUGCAUCGACUACUGGCUCGCUGAUGCUCAGUCCGGGAAACUUGGAGAUUCUGGUAGCGAAGCUUUCACGCAUGCGAGGCGCUGCUCUUAAACUUGGGCAAAUGAUAAGCUUUCAAGAUAUCAAGAUGCUACCACCUGCAAUCCACGACGUUCUACAACGCGUACAAGACAGCGCGGACUAUAUGCCCGCCUCGCAGCGAAACAAAGUCCUCUCCAACAACCUUGGCGAAAACUGGCGUGACCUCUUCGAAUCCUUCGAAGAUGUUCCGAUUGCUGCAGCUUCGAUCGGUCAAGUCCACAAAGCAGUCCUCAAAUCGACCGGUCAAGCCGUUGCAGUGAAGGUCCAAUACCCGGGCGUCGCUGGUUCCAUCGACUCCGACCUGAGCAACCUAUCCAUACUACUAACCGCAUCCCGCCUACUGCCCAAGGGACUAUAUCUCGACAAAACAAUUGCCAAUGCACGCACAGAACUUGGCUGGGAAUGCGACUACACGCGCGAAGCUGAAUGCCAGACCCGAUUCCGCGACCUCCUCACCGACGACACAGACGUCUUCACCGUGCCUAAAGUCUUCCCCGAAGCUAGCGGGAAGCAGGUCCUCACUGCAGAGCUCAUGCAUGGCGUUGGUGUAACGAAACUCAAGAAUCUAACGCAAGAGCAGCGUGAUUGGAUUGGUACACAGAUCCUACGCCUCUGUCUGCGAGAGAUCGUUGAGUUCAAGUUUAUGCAAACAGAUCCAAAUUGGUCGAACUUUCUCUACAACGCUGAGAAACAGAAAGUUGAACUCCUCGACUUUGGCGCGAGCAGAGAGUAUCCCGAUGAAUUUGUCGAGCCGUAUAUCAAGGUCCUUAUCGCCGCCUCCAAAGGCGAUCGCGAUUCUAUUCGCGACCUCUCCCUUGAGCUUGGAUACUUGACUGGCAGUGAGAGUCCUGCGAUGCUCAAUGCACACAUAGAUUCCGUCUUGACACUCGCCGAGCCCUUCAGUGGUUCGGGACCUGAGGUGUAUGAUUUUAGAGACCAGACGAUUACAGACAGAGUCAGGGGACUGAUCCCGGUGAUGGUCAAUGAGCGGUUAGCGCCACCCCCAGAAGAGACGUAUUCGCUGCAUCGCAAAUUGUCUGGCGCUUUCUUGUUGUGUGCGAGACUGGGGAGUAGGGUACCGUGUCAGGAGCUUUUCAUGAUGGCAGUGAAGACUUGGGAGGGAAAGGCGACGAUGAAAUAG